AUGGACGACAUUUUAAUUUGCGCCGCUGACGCGACCUACUUGAAAGCGGCCUUGGAAAAGACAAUAAAGACCAUCAAGGACUCAGGAUUCCAAAUUGCGGAGGAGAAGAUCCAGCUGUCAUCCCCCUGGAAAUAUUUGGGCUUCCUAAUCACGGGAAGAACCGUCACGCCCCAGUCCCUCACCAUCAAGGACAACCCUCAAACCCUGCGGGACUUGCAGCAGCUCUAUGGCACCAUCACGCCCUGGAGAGAGUCGCGGCUGCCAUCAAGUCCCGCCAGGCACAUUGGGUCGUGCGGUCCCUCCCCAUCAACUGUGCCAUCUCAGCAACCGUAUCACAUUCUGCAUGUUAGGUCACACACAGACCUGCCAGGUGACAUCACUGAGGGAAACCGGAGAGCAGACGUCCUGGCGAUGCUGGCCACCUCCACCUCUGUAAACCCUACAGCUAAGAUGAGCCACGCCUUUUUCCACCAGAAUGCUCCGGCGCUUUGCCGUCAGUUUAAAAUCUCCAAGGAGCAGGCGCGGGCCAUCUUAGCCACCUGCCCCAAUUGCCAAUCCCACACCUUACCAUCCUUAGCGACGGGGGUUAACCCUUGGGGAUUGGGGGCAUUGGAAACCUGGCAAACAGACAUAACACACUUUCCCUCCUUUGGGCGGCUGAAGUACAUCCAUGUGUCUGUGGACACGUUCUCGGGGGCAGUGUUUGCCUCCACCCACACGGGGGAAAAAACAAAGGAUAUCAUCAAACACUUAUACAUGGCUUUCUCCACCUUGGGUGUCCCUAAAACAAUAAAAACAGACAAUGGACCAGGGUUUGUGUCCAAACAAUUCAUGGAAUUCAUGCAACAAUGGGGCAUUGACCAUAUCACAGGUAUCCCACACAACCCUACAGGACAAUCAAUUGUGGAGAGAAAACAUCAAGAAAUUAAAAAAUUAUUAGAGCAGCAAAAAGAUUCGGCCCUUACCACAAGCCCUGUAGAGAGGUUGUGCAAAGCCCUAUAUGUUCUCAAUUUCAUGAACUGUUCGGACCGCGAGCCAAACCCCCCGAUACUGCGCCACUUUCACAAUAACACCAGGGCACAGCUGAAAGAAAGACCACCAGUGCUCGUUAAAGACCCUGAGUCCAGGAACAUCAAAGAACAGGGCCCCAGGUGUAUCUCAGGCAAGUUUAUAAAACCAUACCGGGAAGACAUCGUGGAGGAAAGCCACCCCCCGGACCACUCCCCCGAGACAUCAGCUCCAGCGGAUACCACCGUCGCCUGGAGUCGGAGGAAAAGGAAGGGAAGCAGACCCAUCGACGCCGCCACAAGGACUCUGAUAACCAAUCGAUACUUCCCACCGGCUUGGACAGUUUACCCCCUGACCCCAUCCCCAACCAUUCCUUACCCUUUCCCGUCCUACCACUUUCCUCGCCCCCCUUACCCUCACACCUGA